CAAGCGGUAUCGGGCAUGCGAUAGUUGAGGAGUUGGUUGCUUUUGGGGCGACGGUGCAUACAUGUUCAGAAAAUGAAGAGCAGCUCAAUAAAUGUCUUCAAAGGUGGGAGAUGUUGAAACUUCCGGUCACAGGAUCUGUUUGUGAUGUAACUUCUCGAGACGAAAGAGAGAAACUGAUGGAAAAGGUUUCUUCCUUGUUCAAGGGAAAGCUAAACAUACUGAUUAAUAAUGCAGGUACAGCAUUGUUCAGUUCAGCCAACGAUGUAACUCCUGAAGAUUACUCACUCAUCAUGAGCACAAACGUAGAGUCUGGUUUCCAUUUGAGUCAACUGGCUCAUCCUCUCCUCAAAGCCUCGGGUGCAGGCAACAUUAUUUUUAUUGCAUCAAUUGCAGGAGUUUUAGCACUGCAAGAUUUAACACUGUAUUCAAUGAGUAAAGGGGCAGUAGUUCAGCUUACCAAGUGUUUGGCGUGUGAAUGGGCCAAAGAUAAUAUUAGAACCAAUGGUAUUUGCCCGGGAGUCAUUAAUACGCCACUAGUAGAAAACGCUCCAGAUUUCAAAUCUAGAGAAGCAUCAAGAACUCCACUUGGACGCAAUGGAGAACCAGAAGAGGUGGCAGCUCUGGCGGCAUUCUUGUGUUUGCCUGCUGCUUCUUACAUAAGUGGCCAAAUCAUUUGUGUUGAUGGAGCAAGGACUGUUAAUGACUAAAAUUCUUUGACAAAAUAAUACCAAAUCUAUUGUUCACUUGUUAAAUAACCCACAAUGGUUAUCCAAGAAACUUAAAUCUUUUAUAUAUGUAAUAUGCUGCACCCCCCGCUCACUCGUUUGAAGUAAACCCUGGUUGUGAUGCAUGUAGAGAAGGAAGGUAUCAAUUUGUUAUUAUUUAA